AGUCAGUAUAAGUUAAAGUAACACACACACUAUUCAAGUCUAAAAAUGCUAGUAUAAUCCCCUGUAAGAAUUGUGCUGACUAUUGGUCGCGCAAUGCUGUUUUGUUUGAGGUUGAGCAGUACAAAUCGGCACCUUUCUUUUUGACCCGAUGUAAAAGACAGAGAUUUAUCGUACCCACAUAAUCCACCUCAUCGUACUACUUGUGCCCGUAUGGUGGCCUCUCCCCAGCGGCCACUUACACGCGAGUAUACCUGCAACGAGUACACUCACAACUUUUUUAUGUACUUACUACACUAGCUAAUUUGAUCUAGGUCUAGGUCUAGCUCUAUCGUUGGGUUGCUUAUGUGCUUUUCUUGUGGAGAAGAAGAAAAUGGCAGCCAAACACGAUACACCAAGACGAAGCAAGAUGAAGACUCUUUACGACAUCUACAGUACUAGUCGGAACAAGCGGAGCAAGCGGUUCCCCAGCAGCUACCUCACAGCGCUUUUUAUACUGGCUUCUUCGAGAAGUGUCAACGGUGUGAGUCGGAGAUCAUCAGGCUGGAACCCGCAACAGGCGCAGGUUGUGGUGCAGCCAAUUGCACCGCAUGCUGGUGUGCAAGCAAGAGCAUCUGCAGUACAAUCCCCUCUCGUCGCACCUUGGCCCAGUGCAAUAUUCUCUAGUCCAGUAGUACAAUCUUCAGUGGUC